AUGCAUUUGACCUCUCUUUCCUCAUGCAUUGUACUGGCAAGUGCAGUCGCUCCUGCCCUAGCCAGUACUCACAGUCGUUCAAACAACUCUCUUGUUGAGGACCUCGGCUUCAUCUCUCAGCACUGGGGCCAGAUCAGCACAUACUCUGAUAAUCCUGCCAGCUACUUUGGCGUGAACCAUGUUGGCCUACCUGCUGGUUGCCAGGUUGAACAGGUCCACACCCUUCAACGUCAUGCACAACGCUUCCCUACCAGCUAUAUCGAUGAUGGUAUCUUGACAGAGGGUUUUGCUCAGAAGCUCGUCGAUUUCAGGGCCAAUUCUUCGUCUUCUUUCUCUGGUCCCUUGUCUUUCCUCAAUUCCUACAAAUACCAGAUGAACGAAAGUUAUCUUACCGGUAUCGGCGCCAAUACUGAGUUUACUAGGGGUGUCGACUUCUGGAACAGAUAUGGCCGUAUCUUGUACAAUGCUUCUGCCGGUCAAGUCAGCUACAAUGUCAACUACCCCAAUGGCACAGCCAGACCCAAGCCAGUGCUCCGUACCACAAGCCAGUCUCGCAUUCGCGAGAGUCAGAUCAACUGGGCCUUGGGCUUCUUUGGACCUACUUACGAGACGGUGCCUGUCCCCAAACUGACCAACUAUACCGACGGUGAUUUCUUCGACCUUGUCGUCAUUCCUGAAGGUGGAACAGAGAACAAUACCCUCGCAUCCUACGACUCGUGUUUCAAUGAUUUCCUUGUGGGAAUUGGCGACCUCGGUGACCAAGACGUAUUCACCUACAUUCCGAGAUACCUCCAGAAUGUGACCGCUCGUCUCCAACAGUACGCUCCUGCAGGUUUCACAUUGUCAAACAACAACACGUAUGGCAUGCAACUACUCUGCGCUUAUGACGAGUGGGCUGGUUUCGAAAACACUCUCGACAUGGCCUACUACUACGACUAUGGCUACGGUAACCCAACUGGCAGAGCCCAAGGUAUUGGGUACCUGCAGGAACUUCUCGCCCGUCUCACACACCAAUACAUUACCGUCUCCAACAGCUCCGUGAACAGCAGCAUCACCAACAACUCUCGAGACUUCCCUCUCGAUCGCCCCUUCUACGCUGACUUCACCCAUGACGAUAUCAUCGUUAGUGUCUUGACAGCAAUGUCCCUGGAUUACUUCCGCGAUCCUCCCAGUCUGACCGAGUACCCUCCCAACCCUGACCGUCACUUCAUCCUCUCCAAGAUGACACCUUUCGGUGGCCAUCUUAUCACCGAAGUCAUUGGUUGCUCCGAGGCUAGCCCUGCUGCUGUAAGCAAAGAGCGUGUUCAAUACUAUCCUACCCAGUACGGCUACAACCCAUCCAACGCAACUCACAAAUUUGUUCGUAUGCGUCUGAACAACGGUAUCUUGCCCCUCGAUACCCUGAGAGGCGGUGCUUGCAAGGGACGUACUGAUGGCAUGUGCGCUCUGGACAAGUUUGUCGCCAGCCAGAAUGCUUCGUACGCAUUGAGCAACUACGAUUAUGCUUGCUUCGGCAACUGGACCAUUGCCAACACGACCAACGGAUUUGACUACGAUGGCACUGUGCACCGUGGACAGGCUGGCAUCUUGGAAAAUACCCAGCCCAGCAGCGAUUAA